AUGACUUCUUUCUUUUCAUUGCUAAUAUCAAUAGUAGUGUCUUCGACUAUCUUUCUCUGUCCAAGUCAUUCCUAUGAAUUCUCGUCCACUGUAACGGUCGAUAAGUCUGGAAAAGGACAAUUCAAAACAAUUCAAGAAGCGAUUAACUCGGUUCCUACAGGAAAUACUAAAUGGGUUCACAUCGUUGUUAAUCCGGGUGUUUACAAUGAAAAGGUGACUAUCUCAUCAACGAGAGAAUUCAUAUUUCUAGAGGGGAAAGGAUAUUCUCAAACAACAAUCUCAUGGGAUGAUCAUCAAGCUACAAAUGUCAGUGCAACCUUCAGCUCACUUGCCAAUAAUUUUGUUGCUAAGGAUAUAUCAUUUAUGAAUUCAUAUAAUAUUAAAACAAAGAAUACUAUGAAACCAGCUUUGGCAAUUUACAUAUUUGGGGACAAAUCAGCUUUCUAUAAUUGCGGUUUUUAUGGAUUACAAGAUACACUUUAUGAUGAUAACGGUCGCCAUUACUUUAACUCUUGCUACAUUGAAGGUGCUGUUGAUUUUAUUUGGGGCUAUGGUCAAUCCGUUUAUGAGGGUUGCAAAAUUAAUUCCACAGCGGGGCAAUUGAGUUCUCCUGGCUUUAUUACCGCACAAGGACGAGAGUCAGAACAAGAUAAAAGUGGCUUUGUGUUCAUUAAGGGUACUAUUGAUGGAACCGGACAGGUUUACCUUGGAAGAGCAUAUCGUGCAUUCUCUAGAGUUAUUUUCAUUGAAGUGACGAUGAGUUCCGUUGUGCUUCCAUUGGGAUGGGAUGCUUGGAAGGGUGCCGGGAAAGAAGGCUCUUUGACGAAUAUAGAGGCUAGUUGCAAAGGGCCAGGGGCCAACUCUUCAAAACGGGCAACAUGGACAAAGAUAGUGAAGUCUGAUAGUGCCGACUUACAACAAUUCACCACUCAAAAAUUUAUUGACCAAGAUGGCUGGCUAGCUAAAACUCGUUUUUUAUGA